AUGUCCAACCUCUUCUCUGGAAUCUCAGCGUCGAAUUCAGUGCCCAAAGUGUCUCUGCCCGAGUCCCUGUCGAUCGCCAAGUCAAUAGAUGUUGUGGUUCCCACGCCCCUCGACAUCCCCCAGCCCUUGCCGCUAUGGCUGAAUACGGCCUGUGCCAAACACAUUGUGAAGGGAAACUUUAUGACGUUGAGUGCUCGGCCAAAGACGGUUGACCACGGCGAGUGGGUGGCACACCAGGUGGUCGAGCACUACCGUAAUCUCUGGAACUUUGUCCGAGUCCUCCACGAGAAGGAGGAGGAUGGCACAAGCAUCUGCAACCCGACAACAUGUCCCAAGAUGUCUGCCGGCAAGAACCACUCCUAUACUUGGCUCAACAGGAAUCACGAGCCGGUGGAGCUGCCAGCGUAUGAAUACAUGACGCUGAUGCAGCGGUGGAUGUCUGGCAAGAUUGAUGAUCCAGCCCUGUUCCCUACAGAUCCCGACACCGUGUCGUUUGCCAUUCACCCCGAGUACACGAGCAAUGUCGUUCAGCAAGGUGGCGACGAGUGGCUUGGGGCCAGAAGCGGGUUUCCCAAGCAGCUCGGCAGCACGUGUCAACUGAUAUUCCGCCAGAUCUUCCGCGUCUACGCCCAUCUGUACUGGGAUCACUUCGUGGAGCCCUUCUACCACCUUAGCCUGGAGAAGCAGCUCAACAGCUGCUUCAGCCACUUUAUCCUGACGGCCACGACGCUCGAGAUGCUGCAGCCCAGCGAGCUGGAGCCCAUGCAGUACCUCAUUGACCUGUGGGCGGCUGACGGCACGUUCCCACCCGAAUCUAGGCCCUAUUCGUACGCCAAUGUCGAGCGCGGCCGAUAUAUCCAGAGCCUGGGCACGGCAGCUUGAGAGGACAAAAUCCACUUUUUACUUUUGCUCUGAACAGUGGAAACUACGAGGUUCGAUUCGAUUGGGCCUUGAGACUUUUUGGCCGAUCCGAGUGGUCGCGUGAAAGAGAUGUGGAGAAGGAAGACAAGGAAAGGAAGAAGAGAACCAAGAGUCAGUCACUUUUCGAGACAUCACUAGGAUGAUCUGAUACCAAGUGCUGGGGUUUCCUCCUGUGAUGACGAUGAGCAUCAUGUUCGACCUUGUCGAUUUUUGAGGAGCGUCUGGAGAAGACUUAUUUUCUCCUACUGGACCGCUCUACGAGAUUGCUAGAUUAUUCUAAAUACCAACGAGUAUUGACUG